CAUCGGUGCAAGGGAUGGAGCUUCCACCGACGCAUUCGCCCGAGUCAUUUUUGCUUCAAGCAACACCAAUGACAGCCUUGUCUAUCCGUCGUGGAGAAGUUUGUGACGCUGUAGUUGCUGCUGAUGAAGGCAUGGCCAUUGUCUGGCAGUUCCAUGUUCUCUCGCAUGACGUGAACUUUCGUGUUUUGGUCGAUGGCAUUGAGUCCCCAACCUUCACCAGGCGAAUUGACAAGAUGGAUGGACUUGUGGAUGGCACGCUCGAACUCAAUGGACGGGCAAGCUCGGUUACUUUGCAAUGGGACAACUCUUACUCGAUGUUGCGUGGCAAAGACAUCCAAUAUCGAGUGAUGGCAGUGCCGACAUCCACAUUGCACGUCGCUCGCGAGGCCGCCAACGAGUACCACAUCAAGUAUAAUCAUCCAGUUCAAAUCGCGAGCCGGUCGCAUCACCACCAUUCUUCAACAGUUUCUCGUCCACAAUCGAUGCCUACUAUUACAAAGCUCCGAGAUGAAUCUACGUCAACAGCACACGACCUGUUAACUCAGAGACUCGAAAGCGCCGUGGUGGAUACUGUAGCUGUGUUCAUGGCACAACCCAAUACUCCAUUACAUGCCGGCUCCGCAAGACCGUUGGUUCUCGCCCUCGAAGCAAUACUGCGGUGUGGUGUCAAGCCCACGAUGUCCUCCCAUCCACCAGAAGAACACUACUUUCGCUUCCUGAUCGAAGCCAGGAACGUCCUUCGAGAGGACAUGGCCGUCGUGUCUGACGCGGAAUUGUUCCGGCCGCCGCCCUUUAUGCGGUACUUGGGCUGGGGCCGCGCACGUGCGUUCCUCUUCUUUGCUCUCAAUCGCCACGUGCUGCACCGAGCACUCGAAAACCUCAUCAAACGGCACAGCCUCGUCGACCGGUAUUACGACUCGUCGACGGCACUGCUCGCAAACUACGCCAAAGCAAAGCGCGCCAUCGCGUGCCUCAGCGCCCUCUACGGCGUCAGCUUCAACCUGACCCCGUUGAGGGACGACUUGAACGCGACUGCAGCAUCGUUUCCCCGCAACCUGUACCAAACCCACGCAUGGGAGCCUUUCUUAAUGGACCAACUGGCCCUGGCAGACGGUGCCGGCGACGUGGCGUAUUUUCAAGGCACCACCAACAUGGACGAUUUCACAUCCAUUCAAGACUGCACCCCUGCGAAAUAUCUCUGUUUGUCGACUCCAACGAUUGACGUGACCGUCCCUCGUGGCGAUCGGAUCUGUAUUCCGCUCAACAUGCACGAUCCGACGGCGCUGGUGGCUGUACUGCAGCUUCGCGUUGUUAGCAGCAGCGUGCUCGUCGGGUUUGGGCUCAAGUUGUCGAAUGCCGACGUAGCCCCCCUCCGGAUCGUCGAGGGAAGCCCGAAUUGGGUUGAGAUCAUCCUUCGUCUGGAGUAUCCGAUCUCUGACCUCCAUUUCGUGUUGGACAACUCGAGCUCGCUGAUUCGAGCAAAAGCAGCGACAUAUCGCCUGGUCGUGACUUCCAGAGAGCGCUAUUCGAGUGCCUGGUCGUCGUGUGCCGAGGUGGCCCACGUCAUUUGCUGGAAACACGUCAUUCAGCGGUCUUUGGAUUGGAGUGCAAAGCACAUGGAAGCCAUACAGGACGAAGAGAAGCGGUGGCUGGCGCCAACUCAUCCGCCACCGACAUCAACGUCGUUGACAGAUUCCGUCACAUCGUGGCUUGGGUCGAUCCUCUUGCCAAAUACCGUUGCUUGUGCGCAAUGCAUGGAGCCAUUUGCACUCUUUCGACGGCGCCAAGAGUGCUCGAUUUGCCAAAAAGGAUUUUGUUUGGCUUGUUCGAGGCACAUUUGGGCCGCAAAACCAGUGUGCGAUCGGUGUUACCUACGUGAACUCGACAAGAAGCUACUGCAAGAACGCGCGAAAGCAGACAAUGCUCGGUCAAACAACCCGGCGCUGGAUGCCCUGCGCCAAAACACGACCUACGACAAAUACUUCAAAAUGCUGUCGUUUGGUGUGCCUCCUUCUGCCAUCGGUCAAAAGAUGCAGCAAGAUUACAUUCCCCAAGACAUUGUCGACAUCUUCGUCUCGGGCCUUGAUGGUGCGCCUUCCACCCUCUCACGUCCUACUUCGACACCAUCGACCGGAGGAGGGUCGCGACCACAGCUCUUGCGCAAAAAAAGCACCCUCCGCAAGCUGCACUGGACUGCGCUGGAUGCGACGACCAAGGGGAAGGCGACGAUUUGGAACCGCGUCACGGCCAAACGACGCCAUGCGCCGGUGGCUCUCUCUGGCGCCGACAUGGACCGUGUCAUGGCGUAUUUUGGAGAAGCCACAGCGACGGCGAAACGAGCGCUGCCGUCGACGAAAUCCAGUGGAAAAUUUCAGAGUGCCUUGGACAGCCGUCGCACCAACAAUAUUCACAUUGGGUUGAGUCGGUUUAAGUCCAUGGGGCCGUCCGGACUUGUGGCGGCACUGCGCGAGUGCAACCUAGACCUUCUCACGCCAGACGUCUUGCAAACGCUGUUGGAAAUCGGCCCGACACCGGUCGAGUUGAAGCGGUACAUGAAUUUCCGAGGCGCAGUGCAUAAGCUCGACGAAGCCGAGCGCUUCCUCGUCGAUAUGGCCAAGGUCGCACGUGUGCAGGAGAAGAUCCACGUGAUGCUGUUUGUUCAGCAAUUCUCAACAUUGAUCGACGAGCUCAACGACCGGCUGCGCAUUCUCUCGGUGGCGUGCCACCAAAUUCUCAGCAGUGAGCGCCUUCCCCGCUAUUUUGAAGUUAUCUUGGCGCUGGGCAAUGUGUUGAAUGAAGGGACCGAGCAAGCUAACGCCUCCGGCGUGACCCUCGCGUCACUGCUAAAGUUGUCCGAGACGAGAUCUAUCGACCAGAGCAUGACGUUGCUGCAGUUCCUCAUGCAGCUCAUUCAUGAGCGCGGCGAAAUGGAUUUGUUUCACGUGAUGGACGAGCUGGACAUGCUUGACGCCGCCAAGCGGUUCUCGAACGUACAGUGUGUGUCGCAAAUGGCGCUCUUGCAAAAGCAACUCGCGCACUUGGUCCAUGAAGUGAAGGAGGAAGACACAAUCGAUCGGAUGCAGUUUGAAAAGGCUCAAGUCGACGCGCCACGAAAGCAACGUCAAAGUAACGUCGUGCCGUCCACGAGAGAUCGGCCGAUGGCGCUUGAAGGUGGCCACCAAGCCCUCAUGGCAGCGCUUCGCAAACGCACCAGCGUUUCCUCGGACGACGUCACCGCCUCUGACAAUGGCGCAACGGACAUGCCCCUUCCAGCUGAUCGCAACCACUUGCUUCCAUCAUCACAAGAAAAGCCUGUCGAACCAACCAAGAGUCGUGGAGCGUUGUUUGCAGCUAUUCGCAACCACGGUGAGGUGCGGAGAGGUGAAACUCGACUGAGCGCACCGCUUCCAACGCGCUCUGCCGCCGAGACGAGCUCCACACCAACAAACAAACCAACAGUGGCGCAACAACCACCGCAUCGUCCGAACAACUCGGCAUUGCUCGCAGCUAUUCGAUUAAGGCAGCAAGAGGAUCCACCUAAAACGCAAGAAAACUCGUGUCACGUCCUUGCAAGGAAUUCCACACCGCCAAUGACCAAGUCCAUUCUCUUGGCAGAGAAUCGACCAUGCCACUUGCCCGAGCCAGCAAUUCCUGCUGUGGCUGGACGGCAAGAGUUGAUGGCAGCUAUCGCUUCCAAGAAACGACCAGCGUUGGAUGACCAAGUUGCCACCAAUGCCCCGUCGACAGUCGACGUUCGGAGUCGUUCUCAACUGGAGACGACGAUAUCGUCGCCACGUGAAUCGCCGCAUGCCGCCACGGAGUAUACGCCAAAUGCGUUUUUGCGCACGAUGGGCCCGCACGUGUCGCGAAUCAAACACGAGCUGAGCGUCGUCCAGGACAAACUCGAGUCCAUGACGGAACACUGGCAUGAAGUAGCAGUCUACUUGGGCGAGAGUUCGGCGACCCCGUCCGACUAUGCGCUUGGACUGCUCCAUCGGUUCAUGCUCGACGUCAAGCUUGCAUACCGGGCCCUUGUGUCGAAAGGUGUCAUUCGUGCCACGAGCAUCGGGUCAUCUACAAACGUUGGCGACCGCAUCGCGACUGUCCUUGGCGCCGCCACCGUCCUGGCCCAGCGCCAGCGGAACUUGGAGGUGACGUUUCCGUGGGCCAAAGUCGCGUAUCUCCAGCCCACAAGCGUCGUUCGACCCGGUGACCGCGUCGUGUGCCGCCAGUUUGGUCGAGGCAUUGUCACCGCGACAAGGUAAAUCGCAUUGGGCACAUGGGUUGACAUUGUGAUGUCGACUCGGCGCCGUUGUAGGUAUGCUGUCGGGUGCGUCGACGUCCGCCUGACGUUUGGCUAUGCCGUGUUGUCCGUGGAUCAAGUUGUUGGGAUGGACCACGUGUAUGAGCCUGUGAUUCCGCCAUGGCGACCCCAUGAUCCAGUCGCGACGCCCUUCGGCCCAGCACGCUUCCUUCGUGCCCACGCGGCUGGUGCCAUCGCAGUCGUUACCUUGCAAAGUGUGAGUCCGACAAGUGGAGUUCAAGCGUACAUCCAAGCUAGCCAGGUGCACUUUGCCUACAACGAACGAAGGACGGGCCACUGACGAGUGUGCGAGCGAGCAACGAGCCCUGCCUGACGUCAUUCGCGUUCGGUCCAGACUGUAGGCACAUGAUGGACUCGUCGGCGAGAGUAGGGCUUUCCGAUGGAUGCACCAUUCCGUCCACAGAUGAAAUGAAUGGCUCUGACAUGACUCGUUCGACUUGAGAGCAAGAAGUCCUUCGUCAAAGGGAAGGAAGGCUGAUGCGCGGGCAAUUCUGGACAGCCAUGAACUGAAUACAGAUAUUUAUUGUGGAGCACGAUAAAAUAGAUGAAACACUCACGCGACACCGUCGAGAGAGUCGACGAGAAACUUUUCA